AUGGCUGCUUCUAAUUCUUCUAAACUGUUUCGAGUUGGUCGUUCGAUUCUAGGCGGCCUCACCAAUGGUGCUUUCGGUUCAAUCCAUUCAUCUCCCCAGUCGACACAUUCGAAUUUUUUAUCCCAGAAAACGAGAACUUUCAUACAGAUGAGGACCAGCCUUAAAGUGGGGGACAACUCGGGAGCCAAAAGGGUUUUGGGUUGCAGAGGUAUUUACACUUGGGUUUCAAAUGUUGUUGGACAACAGGCUCAGAUUCAUAGUAGCUCUGCACUUGAGGAAAAAGUAGAUCCUUUCUCUCUUGUUGCCGAUGAGCUGUCUAUUCUUGCUAACCGCUUAAGGUCGAUGGUAGUUGCUGAGGUUCCGAAGCUUGCCUCUGCAGCCGAGUAUUUUUUUAAAAUGGGAGUUGAAGGAAAGAGAUUUCGUCCCACUGUUUUAUUGCUGAUGGCAACAGCUUUAAAUGUACCUGUGCCAAGGCAACUAUCUGAGGCUGCCGUUGAUAAAUUAUCCACAGAGUUACGUUCGAGACAACAAUGUAUAGCUGAGAUCACAGAGAUGAUUCAUGUUGCUAGCCUUCUCCAUGAUGAUGUGUUGGAUGAUGCCGAUACUAGACGAGGGAUUGGUUCAUUGAACUUUGUGAUGGGAAAUAAGUUAGCUGUAUUGGCCGGAGAUUUCCUACUAUCUAGAGCUUGUGUUGCCCUCGCCUCUUUGAAAAACACCGAGGUCGUGUCCCUUUUGGCUAAAGUUGUCGAGCAUCUUGUUACGGGAGAAACCAUGCAGAUGACUACCACAUCUGAUCAGCGCUGCAACAUGGAAUACUAUAUGCAGAAGACAUACUACAAAACUGCCUCAUUAAUUUCAAAUAGCUGCAAGGCAAUUGCUCUUCUUGCUGGACAAUCUGCAGAAGUUUCGGUCCUAGCCUAUGAUUACGGCAAAAAUCUGGGAUUAGCUUAUCAGCUAAUUGACGAUGUACUUGAUUUCACUGGCACAUCGGCUUCACUCGGAAAGGGCUCCUUAUCCGACAUUCGCCAUGGAAUUAUUACUGCUCCUAUCCUGUUUGCUAUGGAGGAGUUCCCUGAAUUGCGAGCCAUUGUCGAUCAAGGACUCGAUAACUCUGCCAAUGUGGAUCGCGCUCUCGAGUAUCUUGGAAAGAGUCGUGGGAUUCAGAAAACGAGAGAGCUGGCAGCAAAGCACGCCAGCCUGGCUUCAGCUGCAAUCGAUUCAUUCCCGGAGAACGAUGAUGAAAAUGUGCAGAAGUCAAGGAGGGCACUUGUUGACUUAACACAAAGAGUCAUUACAAGGUCAAAGUAA